UUCUUACGAAAUUUGGGAUUCAUACUCCUUUUAAAAGAAUUGAGUGUUGUUGAAAAACGGAGUAGAAUGGGAGAUGAUGAUGUUUCUUGAAUUCCCACCAAUGUGUUUACAAAAGAAUAGUUGUGGACUUAGUAAUAGUGUAUUAUAUCCUCUUCAAAAAUGCAAGUGGAGUUGUUUUUGAGGUACUGUUUGUAAAGCAUUUGAAUUGCAUAAUUUUGAAGCUUAGAAAGAUCUGAGUUCAGAAUUUAGAUUCAACAAAUACAAAAGAAUAGAUGAAAUGCGUGCUUCUGAACAAAGGAACAGUACCUAUUGAGCUUGUUCAUGCUCUUCUGUCCGACGGAGGAGAAAUCCGCCAAGCAUGAAUUCAAAACCUGAUGGCUGCUUAUUUCUUGACCAGACUCUUCGAUUUGCAGCUACACCCUCGAUUUCCGAAUUUCCUCCCCAACCUUCCAGUAUGUUUCUGUUCAAUCUCUACAUUUGCACAGAGGAAUCAGUCGAGCCCGUUUUACAAGAAGACAUUUUCGCAUAUAUUCCAAGAAUGCUCCAAUGGGAGAGCCCUGGGACCGGGCCGACAAGCACAUGCUCUGAUGAUAGUGUCCGGCUUCAAACCCACAAUUUUUGUUGCCAACUGUUUGCUCCAAAUGUACAUAAAAUGCUCCCGCUUGGGGUGUGCUAGUAAAGUGUUUGACAGAAUGUCUGACCGUGACAGGGUUUCGUGGAAUGCGAUGAUUUUUGGGUAUUCGAUAAGUGGGAAAAUAGGGUUGGCGCAAUCAUUUUUUGAUUUGAUGCCUGAAAGAGAUGUGAUUUCUUGGAACUCUUUGAUUUCAGGGUACUUGCAGAAUGGAAAUUGCUUGAAGUCGAUUGAGAUAUAUAUGGCGAUGGGGAGAGAUGGCGUGGGUUAUGAUGAGACCACUUUCGCUGUUAUUUUGAAAGCAUGUGCAGCUUUAGAAGAUUACGAUUCAGGGCGACAGGUACAUGGAGUUGUAGUCAAGUUGGGGUUUCAGGCUGACGUAGUGACUGGGAGUGCAAUGUUGGAUAUGUAUGCAAAAUGCAAGAGCUUAGCUGAAUCACUUUGCUUUUUUUAUCAGAUGCCAAUUAAAAAUUGGGUGUCGUGGAGUGCGGUAAUUGCAGGUAGUGUUCAAAAUGAUGAGCUUGUUGGUGGACUAAAGCUAUUCAAAGAAAUGCAAAGAGUGGGAAUUGGGGCCAGCCAGUCUAUAUAUGCCAGUAUAUUUAGGUCUUCUGCUGGUUUAUGUGAUUUAAGAUUGGGUUGUCAAUUGCAUGGCCACGCACUAAAGAGUGAUUUUGGAGCUGAUACCAUCGUUGGCACCGCCAUGUUGGAUAUGUAUGCUAAAUGUGACAAUUUGCUUAAUGCUAGGAAGGUGUUCAACUUGUUGCCAAACCAUAAUUUGCAAUCUUAUAAUGCAUUAAUCACUGGAUAUGCUAGAAGUGAUCUUGGAUUUGAAGGUUUGCAGCUUUUUCUGUUAUUAUUGAAGUCUGAUCUUGGAUUUGAUGAAAUAAGUCUUUCUGGGGCAUUUAGUGCGUGUGCAGUUAUCAAAGGACAUUUGGAAGGAAUGCAAGUACAUGGAUUAGCAAUUAAGGGUCCCUUUCAGUACAAUAUUUGCGUGGUGAAUGCCAUUUUAGAUAUGUAUGGUAAAUGCGGAGCAUUGUGGGAAGCUCGUCAAAUAUUUGACGAAAUGGAUAGAAGGGAUGCUGUCUCCUGGAAUGCGGUAAUCGCAGCUUGUGAACAGAAUGAAAAUGAAGAGGCCCUAUUACUAUUUGUCUCUAUGCUUCAGUCAGGGAUGGUACCUGAUGAGUUCACCUAUGGGAGUGUUUUGAAAGCUUGUGCAGGUUGGCAAGCUCUGCACUGUGGGAGGGAAAUCCAUGGCCAAGUCAUUAAGUCUGGGAUGGGGUUGGACUCGUUUGUUGGAAGCGUCCUCGUGGACAUGUACUGCAAGUGUGGGAUGAUGGAAGAGGCGGAGAAGCUUCAUGACAGGAUGGAAGAACAGACUUUAGUAUCAUGGAAUGCAGUCAUUUCUGGGUUUUCAUCAAAUGAACAGAGUGAGGGGGCUCAGAAGUUCUUCUCUAGAAUGCUAGAAAAUGGAAUUAAACCUGAUAACUUUACUUAUGCUACAGUUCUUGAUACUUGUUCAAAUGUAGCUAAUGUUGGCCUCGGGAAGCAAAUCCAUGCUCAAAUAAUCAAGCAAGAUUUGCAGUCAGAUGCGUACAUUAUCAGUACACUAGUAGACAUGUACUCAAAGUGUGGAAACAUGCAGGAUUCUGCUUUGAUGUUUGAAAAAUCGUCCAAGCGUGAUUUUGUGACAUGGAAUGCCAUGAUUUGUGCCUAUGCCCACCAUGGUCAUGGAAACGAGGCUUUACAGAUUUUUGGAAAAAUGCAGCUUGAGAAGAUAAUACCAAAUCAUGCUACUUUUGUGGCAGUCCUCCGUGCUUGUGCACAUAUCGGACUUGUAGAUGAAGCACUUCACUACUUCAACUUAAUGCAAAAUGACUAUGGGCUAGAACCACAGUUGGAACAUUACUCAUCUAUGGUGGAUGUGUUAGGAAGGUCAGGACGACUUGUCGAUGCUCUGAAGCUUAUUCAAGAAAUGCCCUUCCAGGCUGAUGAUGUGAUUUGGAGAACUCUUCUUAGUAUAUGUAAGAUACAUGGUAAUGUUGAGGUGGCACAAAAAGCAGCAAGUGCUCUUUUGCAAUUGGACCCUCAAGACUCUUCUGCUUAUGUUCUUCUAUCAAAUAUCUAUGCUGAAGCAGAAAUGUGGAGCGAGGUGUCAAAGAUGAGGAAAAUGAUGAGGCAUGGUAGGCUGAAAAAAGAACCCGGCUGUAGCUGGAUUGAGAUCCAGUCUGAGGUACACAUGUUUCUUGUCGGGGAUAAAGCUCAUCCAAGAUGUGAAGAAAUAUAUGAGAACCUGGAUAUGCUAAUUGCGGAGAUGAAAUGGGAUGGCUAUAUAGCAUAUGGUGAGAUCACGACAAGUGAUAGAGAAAUGGUAGAUGACGAACAAGAACUAUGUGCAGUCUCCUCUUUCUAAGCUAUUCUGAUAAAAUCUAAGGUCCAACCAGUACAACAGGAGGGCACCUAAGAUCCAGUUGAAGAACUUAAAACUGGAUCCACAUUGGAUGCAGAUGAAAUGCUCAACACUAAUCAAUUCGGAGGUUUAGGUUGUAUUUAAUUAGAGGACAAGCAUAUUGGACUAACAGCAAGUAGGUGGUCAUUGCACAUUGUUCAGCUAACAGAAGAGAAGUAUUUCCAACCACAGCCAAUAACUAAUAGGAGAAGAGUUUCAACGGAUUUAUAGGAUCUGAAAAACAUAGUCCUUCUGAGGUUCCACCAAGCCUUCUUCUGUAUUUGACUGUUCAUGAAUCAAUAUAUAACGAGUGUUCUGUCUUCUCAUGAUACAUUUAUAAGUGCAGAAAUUUAAUCACAAUCUCAAGAGCUGCAUGCUAAUGCAAUGCGGCAGACUAAAGUACAGAAAGUGCACGACUGCACAAGAAUCUUUUGGAGUUUCUGUAGUGAAAUACCAUGUGAGUUGCCUUAGUUACAUAACUGUCAAAACAUUUACUGACAAGGAACACUUCCUGUGCGCAAGACAUCAAAAACCUUGUUGUACGGACCUAGCUUUAUGUUACAACAGAAACAGUCUAUAAUCUCUCAGCCUUUCUAUUCUGACCAAGUUUAUUGCGUUGAAAAUCAGCUCAAGUGAGGCAACCAAUUAACCCAUCAAAA